AUGAGCCUUCCCGAUAAAUUGAAGAAAUUUAUAGUACGCUGCUACAACGAUGUUCCGUCGGAAAAGCACCCAAUCAUGGAGGUUCAGCUGAAGGAAGUCGUUACGAAUGCGAUACAGUCGGGUAGGCAGUUUGAAAUCGACUGGGAUCGGAUGGUGCUACCUAUCCACACUGCACACCUAGUUGCUGAUACUAAGCCUUUAAAGCGGAAGCUAGAGGAGAAAGCGAGCAAAAUCCAGUCGAAGAAGGCACCCACGAAUGGGACACGCCGGCAGCCGACCAAGCAAUCGGAAGCGGAGUUGCGAAGAAAAAGAUUUGCGACAAACCAACCGGCGCUGUAUAUUGACGAAAUAAGUUUGGAACCUGUGGUGGGGAGGUCGAAGGCGCUUGAAAAAAGCUACUUACGACUGACAGGAACGCCGAACCCGGAUGUUGUACGGCCCAAGGCCUAUUUGAAGAAGGCUAUCAAGCAUGUGAUGGAUCAGUACACUUCCAAGGCAAGGCCAUACCCGUGGGUCGCGGACCAAUUGAGAGCCAUUCGUCAGGACCUGACGGUGCAAAGGAUCCAGGAUCCAUUUGCAAUCAAGGUUUACGAGCAAAACGUUCGGGUCGCACUGGAAAAUAAUGACAUGGGUGAGUAUAACCAGUGCCUGACCCGGCUGAAAGAACUAUAUCAAAACGAUCUAACAUUCACUUCCCUGGAAACAGGAGAGUUCACGGCGUACCGCAUUUUUUAUUUAUUGUACACCAACAAACUCGAGGACAUUGGCAGCAUCAUUGCUGGGUCUCAAGGGUGUACUGAUGAAGCAGUUAUACACGCAAUCAAAGUCGUUAACGCGCUGGUUGCUGGAAACCGGGCAUUGCUGUUCAGUCUGUACAGGAGUGCCCCGAAUUUAGGCAAAGCCGCGAUGAAGCAGGUCGUCACAAGAGAGAGGGUUAUCGCGGCAGCAGCCAUGACAAAAACUACAAAGGGAACAAUAGAUUUGAGCUUUUUCAAAAUAACUAUGGGAUUUGAUUCAAUUGAGCAAGUUAGAGCGUUCUUGACGGCGUAUAUUGCCCUAGAGCCGACUCAGGACUCGGUCGAUAGUGCUCAGCUGAGUGGAGCAUUCGAGGAAGCCAAAAAGAAGGCUUACCAGGUGGAUAUUAAAGGACAGAUUUAACUUAGCGGGGGACUAAGGCGAUCAUCGAAAAACUGUUACCAGAUUCUCUUUGCAUAAACUCCUGAAUGACCUUCAGGCCGGCCGGACAGAGCACAUCCUCACCGUCCAAUUUACCCCGGAAAACAGGGCCCUUUCGCCGGCCAUCCAAUUCAACAAGCUCGCCAUCCUUGGCCGCUAAGCAAACAUAAUGGAACUCGAUCUCGUCAGUUGCCUCUGGCGCUUCCGUUUCUCCUUGGCCAGCCACAGCAGCAUGAGCAUUUUCAAGCAUUUCGCUAUUUUCGAGAUAUUCUGCCCGUUCUGCGAGCGACAAGUCUUUAGUUUCCGCCACAAUCUUGGCCGCUACAGGGCCCAGACUGUUGGCAGGCACAACGUUCGAAAUAGCAUGUAAUAAAGCCAUUGUGCCACAAGAAUUCACGAUAGUCUGUUUAUACCAUCUCGCUCUCUCUUCGUCACCGCUGAGCGUGUAUUCAGGCACUUUUGAGUCCGCUUCCGAACGGUAGGCUUCGUAGGCUGGGGAAAUUGGGAAGACCAGCAGCACCGCGCGGACCGGGCGGGGCAGAAACGCCAGCAUUUCCGGAUCCAGAGACCAGAUGUCUUGAAAUUCAACCCCGCUCACGUCCAGUAGCCCCAGCAGGUUGUUGAAAACGUCGGGGUUGCACUCCAGCGGGACAAAGUGCUUCAUGAUU